AUGGAGGAUAUGCAGGAAAUUUUGUUAGCUGGACCAUACACAAUCAAUAAUAGACCAAUUAUUCUUAUACAAUGGACAACUGAUUUUGAUUUUGAGAAGGAAUUCCCCACUGAAAUUCCUCUAUGGAUUAGAUUCCCAAAACUUCCACUGAACUGCUGGGGUGUGAAUUCACUAAGUAGAAUAGCAAGUUCAAUUGGCACGCCUGUGUAUGCUGAUGAGUGUACUGCUAAACAAUUGAGAGUAUCCUAUGCUAGGAUGCUAAUAGAGGUGGAUGUGACAAAACCUCUGAAGGAUGAAAUAAUAGUUGAAGAUUCAAAUGGGAGGACCUUCUUGCAACCAAUUAACUAUGAUUGGAAACCAAAAUUCUGUGAAACAUGCCAAGUCAUUGGGUAUAACUGCAAGCAAGAAGAGAGAGGACAGAAGCAAUAUGGUGCAAAUAUAAAUGAUAAGAGAAAGCCAAAGAAGAUAACGCAACAAUGGGUGACUAAAGAGAAAGGAAAGACACAACAAGCAGAAGAAGAACCUAUGCCAGAGCAGGAACUAAGCAAGCAACAACAGAGACCAUAA